AUCAGAGGACCGCGCAGGACAGACCAGUGCUCGCGAGGAACAGGCGCAAACGAUUCGAUUGUUACAAAAGUGCGUUCGCUUCCGUUUUCGGUGCUUUUGGUGCGCGGAUUUGAUUUGAUUGCGGCGCGUGUGCUUUUGUUGAUGCGUUGUGCACUGAAUUGAUCACUUUUGUGCUAGCUGAAAUUGUACGGAUUAGUUAAUGGUCUUGGUUUUGCUAAACUCAACAAAAAAAAAAUUAAGAUAACACAGCAUGGUUUGAUCAGAGUGAAAAGAAAGCUAUCAAUAGUGGUAUUUUUCGCAAACGGAUAGAUACUGAAAAAUAUUCCAAUUUUAUUGAACAUUUGAUCGCAAUGAAUGUGAUGGAAAUGUGGUUUUUAUGAGAAAAAACAAACAGAUGAUUUGUUGGUUUUGUUUUCGAAGAAAUCUACUAGCAAAAUUUGUCUCUUUUGUGUGUUUUUGUCUCUUCCGAUCUCUCGUUUGUAGAUUAAGCACAAGAUGACCAUUAGCCGGCAAUAAGUGAGUGAACAAUUUUGCGCGAGGAAGCGAUUGUAGGUCCCACAAUACACCCACCCACACACCCACAGUCGGAUUGUGAGGAAGUGAGCGAAGGCAGGCCAAGCGAAGGCAAAUCCUGACGUGUGGAGGAGCAGCUGCACAUGUAAACGCACUUUCGAAAACGCCGCUAGAAUCGGGACAAUCAUGAACUCAAAGAUGCAUCCGUCAUUACUCACAUUGGGCCUCUGGCUGCUGCUACUGACCAACUGCUCACCGACAGCCUCCAACGCCCAGUCCACUGGCAAUGGAACGGUAACGGUGACAACGAAAUCAGAUUCGUCGUCGUCAUUCUACACUAUGCCGCAGCUUCCGCCGGAACCGAAAUUGCGAAUGCUGCGGCCUUCCUACACCCGGGCAGAGCUCAAAAUUGGUCGCAGUUUGGAGCCGGAGAAGGUACAAAAACUGAACGUUCGCUCCAACAAUGGUCGGAUGGUAGAAAUAAUCGUCAAAAAACGUGACGAUAAAAGCGGUCACCCUAGGGAUAUGUCUCCGAGCACCAGCAAUGGCAAAUCUUCAAAUCCUCAAGGUUAUCGUGUUGCGAGUGACAAUAAUCCCGAGUCAGUCGAUAUAAUCAAUGCUUUCCUUGAACAUGUGAACAGAGUUGAACGACCGGCGAGGUACUACGAGGAUGAAAGCUCAAUCAAGAACGACCGAAGACCGGUUAGGAUUGCGGUAAGCAGUCGUCCUGUUGAUCCGAUGGCUACAACGAAGGUUCCUCCUCCGGUGAUGAUUAGUUCGGAUGCAAUCUUCAUGAAGGACAAUCCUUCGCUGAAGACACAGAAGAAACCACGCGCAAUGCAAGAGAUUGGGGAGGAUGGAAUACCGGUGGUGCAUGGAAUUCGUGUUCCCGACGAUGAAGCGGAUAAACGACAGACUUGGAGGAACGCUCGUGUAAUUAACGGAGAGCUUGUCCCGUACGAGAAAGGUUACAUUCCGAAGAAAAUGGAGAACACAGAGGACACUUACGGUCAGCUGAUAUUCGCGGUUCCCUCGAGUGAAUCGAAACAUCGCCAACGGAGUAUUGGUCCCUUCACUACGGCCGAUAAUUUUCCGAAUGAUGAUGAAAGCUCCAAAGGCUUCGGUCCGUUCAGCGUGGAAGAUAAUCUGAGAUCGGGUGGGAAGGCUGGUAGCCCAGAACCGGUAAGGAUGCCGUCAAAUUUUGGACCGUUUUCACGUGCCGACAAUGGACGAGUUUCCAAUGCUAAACUGCUUGAGUACAUCCGGAGAAUUAACGAUCAGGAAAGCAAGAAACACUACUAUGCCGCACGUACGUCAAAUAAAGAGAUUUUUGCCGAACAGCCGAAAAUCCAACGUCGAAUGCUACAGAACCCAGGUAAUCCGGUAUAUCCAGUAUCGAAACUGUACGCCGUCCCCGGUUCAAAUCAAAUUAAUAGCGAAAUAGAUGACGCUCGGAAGCCGGUUUUACAGUAUGCCCAUCCAGAGUUGGGAGUACAGCCUGCGAAACCUGUGCCACCGCAAAACAAGCCUGGCUCGAAGUCUUCGAAGAAGGUGAUCAACGUUGAAAUUAGCAAACAUAAUGACCAUUCGCCGUUUGCAAUAGAACCGGCCAUGCUCGGAAAAGAUUACUAUGAAAGCCAACCAACGGUGAAGCAUCCGAUCAAAAAUCCUUACGAGGAGUUGUACCAACCGGUUAAAAUUCCAGCAACCUAUCCCUAUACCUACGGAUUCAUCCGUCGGGUAAAACCCGAGCGUCCCUUCUGGUUGAAGAUCACCGAACAGGUAAAGGAUAGUUUUCAAAGCGGAAUCAACAGCAUGCAACAGUUCGCCAGACCAGUGCUCGAUCCGCUGGUCGAAGCCGGUCAGAAAAUCUCCAAGAACCUGGGAUUUAUUCCAAGACCUAGCGAAGCUAAGGACAAAGCUGAUUUGGUGGUGGCAUCAGGUACAAAUUCAAUUGUUUUGCCGGCUCUAGGAGUGCUUGCUGGAGGCGCUGCUUUGGGCCUGGGGGCUGUGGCUGUUGGGCGAAUCUUCGACAUGGACCUGCUGCGUAGAUCUGGCGAACAAUUGGUUUUCGAGUUGGACGAUAUGGAACACAAACGAACACUGGACGGCAUCGAAACGCACCCGGAGAAAUAUUUUCUAGUUGUACCAUCAACAGCCAUCACUCACAUGGAACCCGUAGAGCAUGCGGAGAAAUCCAAGCGUUCCAAACGAUCCGCGGAAACGGUCAGUUUCGAUCAUAACGACAUUUAUCGCAACGACAAAUUUGACGACCAGGGUGACGUGAUAGAAAUAAUUGACCUCAAAUCACCGGAAGAAAGCGAAGAAAUUCCGGACGGAGGCAUUCAGUUGAUAGACAACAAUGGAGAAUUACGUAACCGGUGGAAGCGUGCCAUUGGGACGGCGUAUGACGAAAGCUCCGGGCAAUCGCUGCAAAAUGUUGAGCGAGACUUUUCGCGACCCUCACGGGUUGGUUUCGAGCAGCAGCUUAAGCAGACCAACUGGAAGAAUCCUUCCUGUGCCAAAAGAACCUUCUGUCUCGUCAUGGUUCAGCAGGAUGCCGACGAUGUGGUACUCAUGGAGAAAAAAAUGCACACAAUGCUGGAGAUGAUGCAUCCGACGCUGGGAGCCACUUUAACUGACCAUCUCUCGGAGGUUACCGAUGCCAUCAGACAGCAUGACUGUGCGAGAUUCGUGUGUCAUCAGCGAACGUAACCGUGAAUGUAAACGAAAGCGGUCGCAAAGGAUAAAAACUUAAGUCGCAGCCGAAGUGACCCCAAAAUGAAGCAAAAGAUUUUAUAUUAAAAUUGCGAUUAUUAAUUCUCAAAGCAAAACUGAUUUCAAAACGAUCGCGUCGCGUCAGUAGAGGUUCGCGAAGUUGGUGCCUGAGCACCACCACCCUACUGAAUUGAAAUGCCAAAGGAUGAUUAGGAAGAGGGUAAAGAGGAAAACAAAAUUGUGUUAACGUUAGGCUCUCGACAGUACCAUUUAUAUAAAUAUGUAAUAGUGCCUUUAGAUAGUAAUCGCAUAAAAUAACGUCGUUCGCGGAUAAUGAGCGAAGCGUGACACACGAAGCAGAAGACAAUUCUUGCAAACCUAGAAAAGUAAUCAAUCCAAGACAAUCCAACACUUAGCGAACCAAUCGCUUCGGAGAAGAUAUAGAUUGAAACGAAGAAGUGACAAAAUAGAGAAAUCUCGCAGAUAUUUAUUAUGAUUUUAUUUAAAUUAUGUGAACUGUUAUUUAAUUCAUAACUUAUUCAAAUGUUCCGUUUACAGUAAAAAAAAAAACGAGAUUGCACAUUUUGUCACUGCACACACACACAAAUUUGGGGCGUCAAGCUGACAUUGAGGUAACUGAGAUAACAGACCUUUGAAUAAACGAUAGAGUUAGGUUACUAUAGUCUUGUUUGGAGUGAAACAUCUUUUGUGAUUCC